AUGACUUAUUUGAAAUUAUACAUCUAUUUGAUGAUGAUACAAUUAAAUCAAUUAAAUGGACAUUUGAAUGAAUUCAACAAUCAUGUCAAUAAAAAUCAUCCAAUCUUAAACAUGAUGAAAUCAUUGAAUGAAACCAAUGUAAUCGAUGAUAACAACACUAAUCAAUCAACCAAUGAUGAAGAUGCUGUGAAUGGACAAAUAGAAACAGAAUCCGUUAAACCUAAUAUGAAUGAUAAGCUCAGUAAUCAUAAAUCAAUAAAUGCAACGAAUAGUGUUGAUGGCAAACAAACCACAACCAAUUCUAAAUCAACUGGCCAAAAUCAAUAUCAAAAUCAGAUAACAAUUAACAAUGGAAAUGGGAAAAGUAGAUCACAACAAACACAGAUUCUCAUACAACAAAGUGAUGAUGGAAAAAAGAGAAUUGUGGUGCAACAACAACAUUCUGGCGAUCUUAACGAUACAAAUUAUAUACAUAGACAAACACAAUCAAUACAGACAAUAUACAAUGAUGGAAAAGAUGAAAUCAAAGUACACCAAGAACAAGAACAUAUACCAUUAGAUAAAAAACCUGGAAAAACACACAAGAAACAUGUAAAAACAACGAUAAAGACAGACAUGGAAGAAAAACAAACUGCUACAGCAGUCACUGACAAUAUAUCAGAACAAAUAGUAUACACAACAAAAUCGAAAAAGACUACCAAUAGAGAGCCACUCAUGACGACACCAUUGUCGAAAACCACUGCACCUCAACAAACACUUGCACCAGUCACUGAUCUCACAUCAGAACAGAGUGAAUCAACCACAAAAUCCACAACGACUACCACUAGAAAGCCACUCAUGACGACACCAUUGUCGAAAACCACUGCACCUCAACAAACACUUGCACCAGUCACUGAUCUCACAUCAGAACAGAGUGAAUCAACCACAAAAUCCACAACGACUACCACUAGAAAGCCACUCAUGACGACACCAUUGUCGAAAACCACUGCACCUCAACAAACACUUGCACCAGUCACUGAUCUCACAUCAGAACAGAGUGAAUCAACCACAAAAUCCACAACGACUACCACUAGAAAGCCACUCAUGACGACACCAUUGUCGAAAACCACUGCACCUCAACAAACACUUGCACCAGUCACUGAUCUCACAUCAGAACAGAGUGAAUCAACCACAAAAUCCACAACGACUACCACUAGAAAGCCACUCAUGACGACACCAUUGUCGAAAACCACUGCACCUCAACAAACACUUGCACCAGUCACUGAUCUCACAUCAGAACAGAGUGAAUCAACCACAAAAUCCACAACGACUACCACUAGAAAGCCACUCAUGACGACACCAUUGUCGAAAACCACUGCACCUCAACAAACACUUGCACCAGUCACUGAUCUCACAUCAGAACAGAGUGAAUCAACCACAAAAUCCACAACGACUACCACUAGAAAGCCACUCAUGACGACACCAUUGUCGAAAACCACUGCACCUCAACAAACACUUGCACCAGUCACUGAUCUCACAUCAGAACAGAGUGAAUCAACCACAAAAUCCACAACGACUACCACUAGAAAGCCACUCAUGACGACACCAUUGUCGAAAACCACUGCACCUCAACAAACACUUGCACCAGUCACUGAUCUCACAUCAGAACAGAGUGAAUCAACCACAAAAUCCACAACGACUACCACUAGAAAGCCACUCAUGACGACACCAUUGUCGAAAACCACUGCACCUCAACAAACACUUGCACCAGUCACUGAUCUCACAUCAGAACAGAGUGAAUCAACCACAAAAUCCACAACGACUACCACUAGAAAGCCACUCAUGACGACACCAUUGUCGAAAACCACUGCACCUCAACAAACACUUGCACCAGUCACUGAUCUCACAUCAGAACAGAGUGAAUCAACCACAAAAUCCACAACGACUACCACUAGAAAGCCACUCAUGACGACACCAUUGUCGAAAACCACUGCACCUCAACAAACACUUGCACCAGUCACUGAUCUCACAUCAGAACAGAGUGAAUCAACCACAAAAUCCACAACGACUACCACUAGAAAGCCACUCAUGACGACACCAUUGUCGAAAACCACUGCACCUCAACAAACACUUGCACCAGUCACUGAUCUCACAUCAGAACAGAGUGAAUCAACCACAAAAUCCACAACGACUACCACUAGAAAGCCACUCAUGACGACACCAUUGUCGAAAACCACUGCACCUCAACAAACACUUGCACCAGUCACUGAUCUCACAUCAGAACAGAGUGAAUCAACCACAAAAUCCACAACGACUACCACUAGAAAGCCACUCAUGACGACACCAUUGUCGAAAACCACUGCACCUCAACAAACACUUGCACCAGUCACUGAUCUCACAUCAGAACAGAGUGAAUCAACCACAAAAUCCACAACGACUACCACUAGAAAGCCACUCAUGACGACACCAUUGUCGAAAACCACUGCACCUCAACAAACACUUGCACCAGUCACUGAUCUCACAUCAGAACAGAGUGAAUCAACCACAAAAUCCACAACGACUACCACUAGAAAGCCACUCAUGACGACACCAUUGUCGAAAACCACUGCACCUCAACAAACACUUGCACCAGUCACUGAUCUCACAUCAGAACAGAGUGAAUCAACCACAAAAUCCACAACGACUACCACUAGAAAGCCACUCAUGACGACACCAUUGUCGAAAACCACUGCACCUCAACAAACACUUGCACCAGUCACUGAUCUCACAUCAGAACAGAGUGAAUCAACCACAAAAUCCACAACGACUACCACUAGAAAGCCACUCAUGACGACACCAUUGUCGAAAACCACUGCACCUCAACAAACACUUGCACCAGUCACUGAUCUCACAUCAGAACAGAGUGAAUCAACCACAAAAUCCACAACGACUACCACUAGAAAGCCACUCAUGACGACACCAUUGUCGAAAACCACUGCACCUCAACAAACACUUGCACCAGUCACUGAUCUCACAUCAGAACAGAGUGAAUCAACCACAAAAUCCACAACGACUACCACUAGAAAGCCACUCAUGACGACACCAUUGUCGAAAACCACUGCACCUCAACAAACACUUGCACCAGUCACUGAUCUCACAUCAGAACAGAGUGAAUCAACCACAAAAUCCACAACGACUACCACUAGAAAGCCACUCAUGACGACACCAUUGUCGAAAACCACUGCACCUCAACAAACACUUGCACCAGUCACUGAUCUCACAUCAGAACAGAGUGAAUCAACCACAAAAUCCACAACGACUACCACUAGAAAGCCACUCAUGACGACACCAUUGUCGAAAACCACUGCACCUCAACAAACACUUGCACCAGUCACUGAUCUCACAUCAGAACAGAGUGAAUCAACCACAAAAUCCACAACGACUACCACUAGAAAGCCACUCAUGACGACACCAUUGUCGAAAACCACUGCACCUCAACAAACACUUGCACCAGUCACUGAUCUCACAUCAGAACAGAGUGAAUCAACCACAAAAUCCACAACGACUACCACUAGAAAGCCACUCAUGACGACACCAUUGUCGAAAACCACUGCACCUCAACAAACACUUGCACCAGUCACUGAUCUCACAUCAGAACAGAGUGAAUCAACCACAAAAUCCACAACGACUACCACUAGAAAGCCACUCAUGACGACACCAUUGUCGAAAACCACUGCACCUCAACAAACACUUGCACCAGUCACUGAUCUCACAUCAGAACAGAGUGAAUCAACCACAAAAUCCACAACGACUACCACUAGAAAGCCACUCAUGACGACACCAUUGUCGAAAACCACUGCACCUCAACAAACACUUGCACCAGUCACUGAUCUCACAUCAGAACAGAGUGAAUCAACCACAAAAUCCACAACGACUACCACUAGAAAGCCACUCAUGACGACACCAUUGUCGAAAACCACUGCACCUCAACAAACACUUGCACCAGUCACUGAUCUCACAUCAGAACAGAGUGAAUCAACCACAAAAUCCACAACGACUACCACUAGAAAGCCACUCAUGACGACACCAUUGUCGAAAACCACUGCACCUCAACAAACACUUGCACCAGUCACUGAUCUCACAUCAGAACAGAGUGAAUCAACCACAAAAUCCACAACGACUACCACUAGAAAGCCACUCAUGACGACACCAUUGUCGAAAACCACUGCACCUCAACAAACACUUGCACCAGUCACUGAUCUCACAUCAGAACAGAGUGAAUCAACCACAAAAUCCACAACGACUACCACUAGAAAGCCACUCAUGACGACACCAUUGUCGAAAACCACUGCACCUCAACAAACACUUGCACCAGUCACUGAUCUCACAUCAGAACAGAGUGAAUCAACCACAAAAUCCACAACGACUACCACUAGAAAGCCACUCAUGACGACACCAUUGUCGAAAACCACUGCACCUCAACAAACACUUGCACCAGUCACUGAUCUCACAUCAGAACAGAGUGAAUCAACCACAAAAUCCACAACGACUACCACUAGAAAGCCACUCAUGACGACACCAUUGUCGAAAACCACUGCACCUCAACAAACACUUGCACCAGUCACUGAUCUCACAUCAGAACAGAGUGAAUCAACCACAAAAUCCACAACGACUACCACUAGAAAGCCACUCAUGACGACACCAUUGUCGAAAACCACUGCACCUCAACAAACACUUGCACCAGUCACUGAUCUCACAUCAGAACAGAGUGAAUCAACCACAAAAUCCACAACGACUACCACUAGAAAGCCACUCAUGACGACACCAUUGUCGAAAACCACUGCACCUCAACAAACACUUGCACCAGUCACUGAUCUCACAUCAGAACAGAGUGAAUCAACCACAAAAUCCACAACGACUACCACUAGAAAGCCACUCAUGACGACACCAUUGUCGAAAACCACUGCACCUCAACAAACACUUGCACCAGUCACUGAUCUCACAUCAGAACAGAGUGAAUCAACCACAAAAUCCACAACGACUACCACUAGAAAGCCACUCAUGACGACACCAUUGUCGAAAACCACUGCACCUCAACAAACACUUGCACCAGUCACUGAUCUCACAUCAGAACAGAGUGAAUCAACCACAAAAUCCACAACGACUACCACUAGAAAGCCACUCAUGACGACACCAUUGUCGAAAACCACUGCACCUCAACAAACACUUGCACCAGUCACUGAUCUCACAUCAGAACAGAGUGAAUCAACCACAAAAUCCACAACGACUACCACUAGAAAGCCACUCAUGACGACACCAUUGUCGAAAACCACUGCACCUCAACAAACACUUGCACCAGUCACUGAUCUCACAUCAGAACAGAGUGAAUCAACCACAAAAUCCACAACGACUACCACUAGAAAGCCACUCAUGACGACACCAUUGUCGAAAACCACUGCACCUCAACAAACACUUGCACCAGUCACUGAUCUCACAUCAGAACAGAGUGAAUCAACCACAAAAUCCACAACGACUACCACUAGAAAGCCACUCAUGACGACACCAUUGUCGAAAACCACUGCACCUCAACAAACACUUGCACCAGUCACUGAUCUCACAUCAGAACAGAGUGAAUCAACCACAAAAUCCACAACGACUACCACUAGAAAGCCACUCAUGACGACACCAUUGUCGAAAACCACUGCACCUCAACAAACACUUGCACCAGUCACUGAUCUCACAUCAGAACAGAGUGAAUCAACCACAAAAUCCACAACGACUACCACUAGAAAGCCACUCAUGACGACACCAUUGUCGAAAACCACUGCACCUCAACAAACACUUGCACCAGUCACUGAUCUCACAUCAGAACAGAGUGAAUCAACCACAAAAUCCACAACGACUACCACUAGAAAGCCACUCAUGACGACACCAUUGUCGAAAACCACUGCACCUCAACAAACACUUGCACCACUUAAGAAAAGAUAA